UUCAAAAGGCGUCCAUGGUGAAUGAAAUCUAAAUACCGACACAUUUAUUUGUAACAUUAGGCUAAUAAUUUUAAUUUAACUAAUUACUAGGGCCUAAAAUAAUUAGACCUAGAUCUAGAGAAUCUAGCCAAGAUGAAAAUGCCAGCUUGAAAAUACAAGUCUACAAUCAAACAUGUCCAAACUUUCAUUCAAUAUAGAAAUACAGGGAUUUAUAAAUGCACUGGGUUCAAUUGCUAGUUCUUUGCUGGGAUCAGACAUGGGCAUCAAGUGUAUUGACCAAGGUGAAGGACAUUUGUUUACUUCGGAUGUUGAAACUCUACUUUCACAACUUGAUAUAGAGCAUCCCGCUAUAGAGGUGGUGAUUGAGGUCCUACAGUCCCACAAACAACAGCAUGGCUGCAGCAUCAAGACCUGUCUCUACAUGCUGACACAUUUAGCUCAGGCUGUCCUACAUUUAGAGCUGUUGGGGGUGUCACCAGACAGGUCCCUGCCAGUGAUUGAAGCUGUCAUGCAUGAGUUGUGUCAACACGUCAAAACUCUGGCAGUCCCAGUCAACUUCUCCCCACCUCUGGUCACGACAGAAAUCUGUAGACAAGAUAUAAAAAAGUCACCCAGUCACUCAUGUGAGACCACUCAAAAGUCACCCAGUCACUCAUGUGAGACCACUCAAAAGUCACCCAGUCACUCAUGUGAGACCACUCAAAAGUCACCCAGUCACUCAUGUGAGACCAUGAAAAAGUCACCCAGCUAUUCAUGUGAGACCACUCAAAAGUCACCCAGUCACUCAUGUGAGACCAUGAAAAAGUCACCCAGCUAUUCAUGUGAGACCACUCAAAAGUCACCCAGUCACUCAUGUGAGACCAUGAAAAAGUCACCCAGCUAUUCAUGUGAGACCACUCAAAAGUCACCCAGUCACUCAUGUGAGACCAUGAAAAAGUCACCCAGCUAUUCAUGUGAGACCACUCAAAAGUCACCCAGUCACUCAUGUGAGACCACUCAAAAGUCAUCCAGUCACUCAUGUGAGACCACUCAAAAGUCACCCAGUCACUCAUGUGAAAUCCCCCAAGACCUCAAGUCUCAAAUAAAAAUCAUAGACACAAUGUUGAAUUCACUGGGUGAUCGUCCAAUCCAAAUUGCUCAUGGCAACACCAAGAUCAAACAUGCAACUAAUGUUGGGCCAGGGUUGUUGGGACGUUGUGUAAACAGCAAGUCAGGGGCCACACUUAGACAACUGACACUCCCACUGGAAGCUUCUGCUUUGGUUGGUUGCUAUGGUGAUGUCAUGUCAACAGUAAAAGAAGUUUGUGAAAAUCAGUAUAAAAUAACAAAUAUCAAAAGGCUCAACUUAAAGUUUGUUUUGAGUUUAUCAGUUCCUGCAUCCCAGCCUUCACUAGCAGAUCCCAUAUCUAUUUAUAGAGGCCUAGUCAUUCCCUGUAACUCUGGUCAAGCUGACCUCUUCAGUUGGGGCCUCACAAGACCUGCCCUGCUGCUGAACUGUGACCUAACCUGGACCUACCAGCACAAAGGCUAUAGACCAUUACUUGAGAAGACAAGUGUGGCCUUGACCUUAGCUGAUAUAAGGUCAUCCAGCUUUGAUGAAAGGACUUGGUCACGCUGUGUUGUUUCAAACUUACAAAAGCUAAAUGUCAAGUUGCUGCUGGUGAGAGGGUCAGCCAGCCCCCUGUUGAUUGACCAGUGUACUGAGCUGGGUGUGCUGGUUUUGACCAAUGUCCCAAGCAAGGUCAUCAACAGCCUUGCUUCUCAUUAUGGUGUGGACAUGGUCAGUUAUCUGGAUCAGGCUUGCCAGGCCAAUGUUUUACCUCUGUGUCUACAUGAGAUGGUAGAGAACCAGCCAGAGGACGCCAGACAAAGGCUGGCCAUGGUCCCCAAUGUUGGCAGUUAUCAGACAAUCUUGCUCAAGUCAAGCUGUGCCAUGUCAGCCCAGCUGACAGAGGAGAGAUUAUGGAAGAGCCUGCACAGGGUGUCCAAUGCCCUGCAGGAUGGCUGGGUCUUACCUGGGGGUGGGGCUACAGAGUUGUUGUGUGCUGACUUCAUCCACCACAAACUUCAGGCCAUGAUGCUGCAGGCGGAGGGGCCCCCCGCUGACAAUGUGGUGGUCAUUGAGGAGCUGGCUAAAGUCUUCACAACAUUCUCACAGACAGUUGCACACAACAGCCUGGCCAGCAGCCCCCACUUUGACAAUCUCCAGUCCAAACUGGCAGUGUGGGAAACAGUUGGCAGCAUUGUGUCAAUCUUAGUGCACUUAGGUUGUUUGGUGGACACAGGACUGGCCCCUCAUGAUGCAUGCUUGUGAGGAUUCUUCUACAAUUGUAUUGACCUACAUUUAUGCUCAACUUUUGUAUAUGUUAUAUCCACAUGCGACUUGAAUCAAGUCAACUUUUGUUUAUGUUAUAUCCACUAGUGACUUGAAUCAAGUCAACUUUUGUUUAUGUUACAUCACAUGUGACUUGAAUCAGAACAAUGUCAAGACAUACCAACUAUUAGUAUUAGGUUUUCGACUGAAAAAAAUCAAAAACUUCUAGUGCAUGAAUUAGCUAGUUUAUUUCUUCAUAAAACACAUGGUCAUGUAGAGCAUGAGAAAAUAUCACAGAAAAUCAAAGCAAACAUGAGCAGAAUAAAAUCAAAUAAAACAAUUGUAUAAUGAACUGAUUUGUGACUAGUGCGUAAUCAAAUAAACAAUAAUUGAU